AUGCCCGACGCCAUGAAUAUCACCUGGAUGUUUAGCACGAUAAAUUCCUAUUCAUAUUACUACUACGCCGCCCUGGAUCUGACGUCAGACGUUCGAUACGAUGGCGGGACCGUGUCGUCACCUUCUCUGGUCAUACGUAACGUCACAUUGUCUGAUGGUGGUUAUUAUCUCCUAGGACUGACCAAUGUCGACGGCACGAUUUACUCGUCAAGGAUUUCUCUAAGUGUUCAAAAAAGUUAUCCAAAUGUUGUAACCACCGGAUUCUAUGCUGUAAAUGCAAGCAACAACGUGACACUGACAUGUAAUUUUACGUCAUCCUACCCACCAGUGCAGAUGAUGCAGUGGUAUAGAUAUGACAGCGAUAUAACAACUGGUCUGACGGGGAAAUAUGUAGGGGGAACUCUACAGAACCCCUCCCUUACCAUCACAGACUUCCAACCCGACGAUCAAGGAAUUUACAAGUGCUCAGCAUCCAAUUUAUACGGCACGAGAAAUAGUUCAGAUAUAAUCGUUUAUCUAGAUGGAGGAAAGCAAAUUAACGUGGCCAGGUCAACGUACUCAGUUUACACCGGUGAUGACGUCAUUCUCUCUGUGUCCAUAUUCUCCAUGCCCGACGCCAUGAAUAUCACCUGGAUGUUUAGCACGAUAAAUUCCUAUUCAUAUUACUACUACGCCGCCCUGGAUCUGACGUCAGACGUUCGAUACGAUGGCGGGACCGUGUCGUCACCUUCUCUGGUCAUACGUUAUCCAAAUGUUGUAACCACCGGAUUCUAUGCUGUAAAUGCAAGCAACAACGUGACACUGACAUGUAAUUUUACGUCAUCCUACCCACCAGUGCAGAUGAUGCAGUGGUAUAGAUAUGACAGCGAUAUAACAACUGGUCUGACGGGGAAAUAUGUAGGGGGAACUCUACAGAACCCCUCCCUUACCAUCACAGACUUCCAACCCGACGAUCAAGGAAUUUACAAGUGCUCAGCAUCCAAUUUAUACGGCACGAGAAAUAGUUCAGAUAUAAUCGUUUAUCUAGAUGGAGGUGCUCCAGUAACAUUAACAGGACAAAAUAUGACUGGCUCGCCUGGCACAACAUUGACCAUUCCCUGUACUGUUGUGAGCGAAUCAAUAAGUACAGUCUUCUGGACGUUUCAGCCCAGUGACCAGGACAAUGAAACAGAAAUAGUUUUUUCUUAUUCCAAAUUUUACUGGUACUCUUCUUCACCCUCUUUACGAAUUUAUUAUUUGAAUACCUCUGAUAUAGGAUUCUACAGAUGUUGUGCUAACAGUUCAAGUGGCCUUGGACGAAGUACACCGGUACAUGUUACUCUCAAGGGAAAGCAAAUUAACGUGGCCAGGUCAACGUACUCAGUUUACACCGGUGAUGACGUCAUUCUCUCUGUGUCCAUAUUCUCCAUGCCCGACGCCAUGAAUAUCACCUGGAUGUUUAGCACGAUAAAUUCCUAUUCAUAUUACUACUACGCCGCCCUGGAUCUGACGUCAGACGUUCGAUACGAUGGCGGGACCGUGUCGUCACCUUCUCUGGUCAUACGUAACGUCACAUUUUCUGAUGGUGGUUAUUAUCUCCUAGGACUGACCAAUGUCGACGGCACGAUUUACUCGUCAAGGAUUUCUCUAAGUGUUCAAAAAAGUUAUCCAAAUGUUGUAACCACCGGAUUCUAUGCUGUAAAUGCAAGCAACAACGUGACACUGACAUGUAAUUUUACGUCAUCCUACCCACCAGUGCAGAUGAUGCAGUGGUAUAGAUAUGACAGCGAUAUAACAACUGGUCUGACGGGGAAAUAUGUAGGGGGAACUCUACAGAACCCCUCCCUUACCAUCACAGACUUCCAACCCGACGAUCAAGGAAUUUACAAGUGCUCAGCAUCCAAUUUAUACGGCACGAGAAAUAGUUCAGAUAUAAUCGUUUAUCUAGAUGGAGGUGCUCCAGUAACAUUAACAGGACAAAAUAUGACUGGCUCGCCUGGCACAACAUUGACCAUUCCCUGUACUGUUGUGAGCGAAUCAAUAAGUACAGUCUUCUGGACGUUUCAGCCCAGUGACCAGGACAAUGAAACAGAAAUAGUUUUUUCUUAUUCCAAAUUUUACUGGUACUCUUCUUCACCCUCUUUACGAAUUUAUUAUUUGAAUACCUCUGAUAUAGGAUUCUACAGAUGUUGUGCUAACAGUUCAAGUGGCCUUGGACGAAGUACACCGGUACAUGUUACUCUCAAGGGAAAGCAAAUUAACGUGGCCAGGUCAACGUACUCAGUUUACACCGGUGAUGACGUCAUUCUCUCUGUGUCCAUAUUCUCCAUGCCCGACGCCAUGAAUAUCACCUGGAUGUUUAGCACGAUAAAUUCCUAUUCAUAUUACUACUACGCCGCCCUGGAUCUGACGUCAGACGUUCGAUACGAUGGCGGGACCGUGUCGUCACCUUCUCUGGUCAUACGUUAUCCAAAUGUUGUAACCUUCGGAUUCUAUGCUGUAAAUGCAAGCAACAACGUGACACUGACAUGUAAUUUUACGUCAUCCUACCCACCAGUGCAGAUGAUGCAGUGGUAUAGAUAUGACAGCGAUAUAACAACUGGUCUGACGGGGAAAUAUGUAGGGGGAACUCUACAGAACCCCUCCCUUACCAUCACAGACUUCCAACCCGACGAUCAAGGAAUUUACAAGUGCUCAGCAUCCAAUUUAUACGGCACGAGAAAUAGUUCAGAUAUAAUCGUUUAUCUAGAUGGAGGUGCUCCAGUAACAGUAACAGGACAAAAUAUGACUGGCUCGCCUGGCACAACAUUGACCAUUCCCUGUACUGUUGUGAGCGAAUCAAUAAGAAAGCAAAUUAACGUGGCCAGGUCAACGUACUCAGUUUACACCGGUGAUGACGUCAUUCUCUCUGUGUCCAUAUUCUCCAUGCCCGACGCCAUGAAUAUCACCUGGAUGUUUAGCACGAUAAAUUCCUAUUCAUAUUACUACUACGCCGCCCUGGAUCUGACGUCAGACGUUCGAUACGAUGGCGGGACCGUGUCGUCACCUUCUCUGGUCAUACGUUAUCCAAAUGUUGUAACCACCGGAUUCUAUGCUGUAAAUGCAAGCAACAACGUGACACUGACAUGUAAUUUUACGUCAUCCUACCCACCAGUGCAGAUGAUGCAGUGGUAUAGAUAUGACAGCGAUAUAACAACUGGUCUGACGGGGAAAUAUGUAGGGGGAACUCUACAGAACCCCUCCCUUACCAUCACAGACUUCCAACCCGACGAUCAAGGAAUUUACAAGUGCUCAGCAUCCAAUUUAUACGGCACGAGAAAUAGUUCAGAUAUAAUCGUUUAUCUAGAUGGAGGAAAGCAAAUUAACGUGGCCAGGUCAACGUACUCAGUUUACACCGGUGAUGACAUCAUUCUCUCUGUGUCCAUAUUCUCCAUGCCCGACGCCAUGAAUAUCACCUGGAUGUUUAGCACGAUAAAUUCCUAUUCAUAUUACUACUACGCCGCCCUGGAUCUUACGUCAGACGUUCGAUACGAUGGCGGGACCGUGUCGUCACCUUCUCUGGUCAUACGUUAUCCAAAUGUUGUAACCACCGGAUUCUAUGCUGUAAAUGCAAGCAACAACGUGACACUGACAUGUAAUUUUACGUCAUCCUACCCACCAGUGCAGAUGAUGCAGUGGUAUAGAUAUGACAGCGAUAUAACAACUGGUCUGACGGGGAAAUAUGUAGGGGGAACUCUACAGAACCCCUCCCUUACCAUCACAGACUUCCAACCCGACGAUCAAGGAAUUUACAAGUGCUCAGCAUCCAAUUUAUACGGCACGAGAAAUAGUUCAGAUAUAAUCGUUUAUCUAGAUGGAGGAAAGCAAAUUAACGUGGCCAGGUCAACGUACUCAGUUUACACCGGUGAUGACGUCAUUCUCUCUGUGUCCAUAUUCUCCAUGCCCGACGCCAUGAAUAUCACCUGGAUGUUUAGCACGAUAAAUUCCUAUUCAUAUUACUACUACGCCGCCCUGGAUCUUACGUCAGACGUUCGAUACGAUGGCGGGACCGUGUCGUCACCUUCUCUGGUCAUACGUUAUCCAAAUGUUGUAACCACCGGAUUCUAUGCUGUAAAUGCAAGCAACAACGUGACACUGACAUGUAAUUUUACGUCAUCCUACCCACCAGUGCAGAUGAUGCAGUGGUAUAGAUAUGACAGCGAUAUAACAACUGGUCUGACGGGGAAAUAUGUAGGGGGAACUCUACAGAACCCCUCCCUUACCAUCACAGACUUCCAACCCGACGAUCAAGGAAUUUACAAGUGCUCAGCAUCCAAUUUAUACGGCACGAGAAAUAGUUCAGAUAUAAUCGUUUAUCUAGAUGGAGCACGCCAAAAGUUGUGCUCCAGUAACAUUAACAGGACAAAAUAUGACUGGCUCGCCUGGCACAACAUUGACCAUUCCCUGUACUGUUGUGAGCGAAUCAAUAAGUACAGUCUUCUGGACGUUUCAGCCCAGUGA